AUGUCCAGAGGUCCGGUCCCGGGCCUCCGAAAGCCCGCCCCGCGGAGCCUCAGCUGCCUCUCGGACCUGGAGAGCCGGGCGACCCCAGAGCCGCGGCUCUGCAGACCCCCCGGGAGCUCGGGCCAUGCACCGCCGCCACCGCCGGCGCCCGCAGGCUGCGACCCCCGCCUGCGGCCCAUCAUCCUGCGGCGGGCUCGCUCGCUGCCCAGCUCGCCCGAGCGCCGCCAGAAGGCCACAGGCGGGCCAGGAGCUGCGUGCCGGCCGGGGUGCAGCCGGCAGCUCCGCGUGCGCUUCGCCGACGCGCUGGGUCUGGAGCUGACGCAGGUCAAGGUGUUCAACGCGGGCGACGACCCGUCGGUGCCGCUGCACGUGCUGUCGCGGCUCGCCAUCAACUCGGACCUGUGCUGCAGCAGCCAGGACCUGGAGUUCACCCUGCAGUGCCUGGUGCCCGACUUCCUGCCGCCCAUCGAGGCAGCCGACUUCAGCGAGCGCCUGGGGCAGCAGCUGGUGUGCCUGGAGCGCGUCACCUGCUCGGACCUGGGCAUCAGCGGUACAGUGCGCGUGCGCAAUGUGGCCUUCGAGAAGCAGGUCGCGGUGCGCUACACCUUCUCCAACUGGCGUAGUGCACACGACGCGGUGGCGAGGUGGUGCGGGUCGGCGGGAGCCGAUGGCACAGAGGACGUUUUUGCUUUUGGCUUCCCGGUGCCACCCUUCCUGUUGACGCUGGGCUCCCGCGUGCACUUCGCGCUGCGCUACAGCGUGGCCGGAUCCGAGUACUGGGACAACAACCGCGGCCAAGAUUACAGCCUCACGUGUCGCAGCCACGCGCUGCACAUGCCCCGUGGGGAGUGCGAGGAGAGCUGGAUCCACUUCAUCUGAGCCGCGCAGGGCAGGGCACCUGGCAUCUCCGCACUUCAGACCCACCUGCAGUCAUUUCCCAGCUGAGCUCUCACAUCGAAGUGGCGGCUUUUCUUCACACCCGACUCCCAAACCUCAGUCAUCUGACUUCACUUCCCAGUGGUAGUGGCCGUUCUGUCAUCUACUUGAAAUGUCUGUGUAAAUGGUCUAUUAAUAGUAGCCUCGGGUGGCCAGAAUGCCAAGGUGUGUGAUGUGCUGGAGAGAGUGCCUGGUGGGUAGAUGCAUGGGAUAGCUGGCCCCUCUGGAGAGGGCCCAGGCAGGGCCUUUUGGGAAAGGCCUGCAUCCUCCUGCUAAGAAGGCCAUGGCUUUUGCAUGUGUCCUGAUUGGGUCUGUGUUUUGCCAAUGGGUUUCAGCCCGGGCAAGUUUGCUAUGGAUUCAAUGUGAUCAAAGAAAUUGACAGCAAAACGUUCUUUGGGGUGAAAGGGUCUAUUACCUGGCUUGUUCUCCUGGCAGUAGGUCGCACUAGUGUCUCUGCCUCCACCCAGAGCACUGGGCUGAGCUCUCUAUAUAGCACAAUAAUAGCUUAUUGCCUGAAGGUGUGGAAGUGGUAACCUAGUAACAGACCAGUUACAUCAUCAGGUGAUUUAAGUUCAGUGAGGAUCCUGGCCAUAGGAACCCCAGCUUCCCCACACUCCACCCCUCCAGGAUUGUUGCCUUACAGUAUACAUGCUUUCAGUCUUCUGCAAAGGUCCCUGUGCAAGAAAGCUGGAGCACUGUAACCAUAUUCCACAAUAGCAACAGAGGAUAACAACAACUUAGAGAUAAUAAAAAUUAAGAUACAGCAAGAUUUUGAUACAGGUAACAAAAAUUAUAGUAAUCCUCAAGCCAGAGGAAGUUCUCAAUCCUCAAAAGACUUUAGGGGUGAUAAGACACAUGUUUUAAUGCCACCAACAUAGGCAAAUCUUGUCCAUCAGGUAGGAUGCAUGCAAGAGAGUGCUCCUGUGAUAGGACUGUAGCGGGAAGGGGGUCCCUUCCAGGUCUAGUAUACCAUGCUUUUACUCCUUUCCCCAUGGGGGUUACUGAAGGGUCUAUAUAUAGUACUACUGGAGGUGCAUGCACUGGCCAUAAUAAAACAAAACUCCCUGGUAAGAUGCUCCUACCUUCUGGCUGUUCAGGAUAUACUACUGUGACCUUUGGCAGCCACUCUGCAGUUAUUCCAGCAAUACACAGGAGGCCAGCUUCCAGGCCUUGUCCCCAAGGUGCCAGGAGAGCCAGCCAUUGUUGGUUCAUGUGUCGAAAGGUCCAAGGCCACGUCCACCCAAUGGAGUCUCCGGAGUUCAGUGUGGUUGGUGCUGGCAGCAAGAUGUUAUUCUGGUGGCUGAACCUCGGCUUCAGUGAUUCUUCCUUGGUUUGUACCUGCAGUUGUAUAUAUAGUUGUAACAGUGCCAUCUGGGUAUUCACAUCUCUUGAAUUGGGCAGUAUGUAGUUCUCUUUGGCCAUUACUAAGCUCUAUGAUUUUGUUGCCAUUUCAUUGUACUCUGACAAUUGUACCAUCUGGGAAGAUGCUUUCUUCAUGGCCAUCAGCAAAUACGUUUUUGAUAGUUUGGUUAGAAAAUGUGAUUUAUUUUCUUCCAUCUGAGAAAUGUUUUUCUAUUAGUCUGCUUGAGAAACGUAAGACGUCUAGUCCUUCUGGGUAAGUCGUGCAAGUGACCCAGGCAGGUGCACAGUAGUAGAUCACUCUCUCAUCUGCAGGACCUGCUUCACGCCACCAUUGAAGAAACUGACGGUGAUGGUCUUCCCAUCUGCACUCACUUCUUUUUGAGUUCCACUUGGAAACAAUACAAGACGGCAUCCAUUCUUUAAAAACCUUUUCUAUCUUUCCGUCAGGAUGAUUGAUUUCUCCCUGAAUUCCUUCUUUUUCCUCUUUCUCAUGGUCCUCUUUAUAUUCAGGAUCUGUGAAGUCUGCUGGUUCAGAAGGUUCCCCGGGUGAGGCAGUUUGUCCUUUACCUGAAUUGCCUAAAACACAAGGAGGCACAGACUUGGAACUUCUAGAUGGAUUGCCUUCUGUUGGCAAAUAAUUUUUCUUGUAUUUUUCUACCUGGGUUCCUGGAGAAAUUUGACUCCUUUGAAAGCGAACUGAAGAGCUCAUGGACCCAUCAUUUUUCACAGUGGCUGCACACUGACCCCACUUGGCACUGCUCUCAGUAGCCUCCGCUUUCUUCCAGGCAUCUAGUCAGAAUCUUUCCAUCACUUUUAUUUCUUCCCGCAGGUCUGUGAUCUCUUUGACCAACAUUUCUAUCAGGCUUCUAAGAUGGCCAUGUGUGCUUGACCAUUUUGCUUCCUUUCUUUUCAGAUAUUCCUAUAAGUCUGCUAUCUGUUGUUUCAAAACCUGUUUUUUUCCCAUUUUUAUCUGGAAAAGUUCUUGCAACUGUAGUAUAUUUUUCAAAAACUCUGCACUCCUUUUGUAGCUUCCUCCUUUCCUACUUUUUAAACUCUUCUAUUUGAGCCAAUUCUUUUGCUUCCGGUUGUUCAAGGUCUGCAAUUUCUUUCCUGAGCUUUUCCAAGGCCUUUUCCCAUUCAAAAUUAAGUUUAGCUAAAGAUGUAUUAUCAGCCUUAAGUGUUUCUAUUUCUGUUUCCAAUUCGAUAACUCUCUCUCUCAAAGCUGGAGCUCUAGUGCUGUCACCUGGGAGUGUGUGUGGCCCAGACACGAGUCAGCAGCUUCUCCUGUUCUUCCACGAGUCUUUGUAGUUGCUCUAACUGUUGCCUCUUCAGCUGUUCCUGUUCCUUCUGCUGUACUUCUUUGAGCAGUUCUUCUGCUCCUCUGGCCCACCGGUUACUGCUCCGCCGCCGGGGCCUCCCAGCCUACUCCCACUGGCACUCGCGUUCUCGUGCCGCCUCCCGCAUCAAUGCCAUUUCCUUCUUCAGAGAAUCCACAGAAGUUUGCAGCUCACGUUCUUGUGCCACCAUUUCUUGGGUCUCCUCUGUAGACCUUUUUAAUACUGUGAGAAGGAGCCAACCCACAGUCCCCGCUGCCUCACGGGCACUCUGUUUC